GCAGUGAGAAGGCCCCAGGACGGCGCGUUCUUUAAGGGACCCCCUUAUCCCGGUUACCCCUUCCUGAUGAUCCCGGACCUGAGCAGCCCGUACCUCUCCAACGGGCCCCUGUCUCCCGGAGGAGCGCGCACGUACCUGCAGAUGAAAUGGCCCCUCCUCGAUGUCCCCUCCAGUGCCACUGUCAAGGACACGAGGUCACCCUCUCCGGCACACUUGUCCAACAAAGUUCCCGUGGUUCAGCACCCGCAUCACAUGCACCCGUUGACUCCGCUCAUCACCUACAGCAACGACCACUUCUCCCCCGGCUCCCCUCCCACACACCUCUCCCCAGAGAUCGAUCCAAAGACAGGAAUCCCCCGGCCCCCGCACCCAUCGGAGCUGUCGCCGUAUUACCCACUAUCUCCUGGAGCGGUCGGACAGAUCCCCCAUCCCCUCGGCUGGCUCGUCCCACAGCAAGGACAGCCCAUGUACUCGCUUCCUCCUGGCGGCUUCCGGCACCCCUACCCAGCCCUCGCCAUGAACGCCUCCAUGUCCAGCCUGGUCUCCAGUCGGUUCUCCCCGCACAUGGUGGCCCCUGCUCAUCCUGGUCUGCCCACCUCAGGGAUCCCCCACCCCGCCAUCGUCUCUCCCAUCGUCAAGCAGGAGCCGGCCCCGCCCAGCUUGAGCCCCGCGGUGAGCGCGAAAUCACCAGUCACCGUGAAAAAGGAGGAAGAAAAGAAGCCCCAUGUGAAGAAGCCCCUCAAUGCCUUCAUGUUGUAUAUGAAGGAGAUGCGGGCCAAGGUGGUGGCCGAGUGCACCCUGAAGGAAAGCGCAGCCAUUAACCAAAUCCUGGGAAGAAAGUGGCACAACCUGUCUCGAGAAGAACAGGCCAAGUACUACGAGCUGGCCCGGAAGGAGCGGCAGCUUCACUCCCAGCUCUACCCAACCUGGUCUGCCCGGGACAACUACGGUAAGAAAAAGAAGAGGAAGAGAGAGAAGCAGCUAUCGCAGACACAGUCCCAGCAGCAAGUCCAAGACGCAGAGGGUGCUCUGGCCUCCAAGAGCAAGAAGCCAUGUGUUCAGUACCUGCCCCCCGAGAAGCCCUGUGACAGCCCGGCCUCCUCCCACGGCAGCAUGCUGGACUCCCCUGCCACCCCCUCCGCGGCCUUGGCCUCCCCGGCUGCCCCCGCCGCCACGCACUCGGAGCAAGCUCAGCCUCUCUCCCUCACCACCAAGCCAGAGACCCGGGCCCAGCUGGCUCUGCACUCCGCCGCCUUCCUGUCAGCCAAGGCUGCAGCCACCUCCUCUGGCCCGAUGGGCGGCCAGCCCCCGCUCCUGUCCCGGCCCCUCCCUCUCGGGUCCGUGCCCGCCGCCCUGCUGACCUCUCCUCCUUCCUUCCCGGCCACGCUGCAUGCCCACCAGGCCCUCCCGGUGCUCCAGGCCCAGCCUCUGUCCUUGGUCACCAAGUCUGCCCACUAAGCUGCCCCCUGACCUGUGCAGGCUGGCUGUGACUCCUCGAGUAGUAAUGAUUCAGAAGAAAAACAAGGAAACUUUAUUGGUCAAUAUUUGACCCCUCUGGACUGUUCUAUAAAGUGACUGGUAACAGCAGCACUUGACAUUUUUGUAGAUGUAACCAGUAGCUGAUCUUAAGGCUUUUUUAUAAAACAAAACAAAACAAGAAAAAAAAAUAUCUUUAAAAGACAGAGAACUGAAAAGUAGUGUGUUACCCCUCCUGUAUGUGCUGUGGUGGCUGGCUCCGGGCAGAAGAGCCCUGUGCUCUCCCCUUUCCUCUGACUCUCGGCCCUGCUAUCUGUCCCCCAGCCCCCAGCAGCCUUAGCGGCCCCCCUCGGCUACGCGUUUGCCAAGGCUAUGAGUUCUAUCUGGCUCCUCGGCCUCUGAGUGCCAGAUGCAUCCCAGAUGUUGCCCAUCACCUGCCCAAGUUCUCAGCAGUUACUCAGCAACGUGGGUUCUUCCCCUUGGACCAGCAAGGGGGUCCUCCUCUGCCCAGUUUAAGCUGUCCCCCGUGAGAAGACAUCUUGGCCUGAUUUCUUUUCAUCAGCAUCCCCCCACCUCAGUGGGCCUGAACCUGCCAUCCUCCACCUUCCGGUGGAGAAAGUGGACCUCUGAAUUGGUCACCCUGCCUUUAAAGGGACUCAAGGUGCCUGCCACUUCCUCAGUGAAGAAGUCUGUUCCUCCCCCACGUCAGUGGAGCGCCCCCCUCGCCACCCCAGAGUGGCGGACAGGCCCCCAGGCGUUGGCCCCCGCCCCUGGGUCAAUGCUAGCACAAUCUGCCAAAGUUCUGAGACCCCGCUCCCUCCCCCACCACCUCACAUGCUUCUUCUGUGUGUAUUUCUUUUUGUUUUUAUGGUUUUUGGAGCCAUUUUAAC